AUGUGUGAAAUCAGUAUAGCCACUAAGAUCAGCUAUCGUUCCACAGUAUCUCUCUUGAGUGACAAACAGCAAUUCCCUUCUUUUGUACGUACAUUAAGCAGUCUGACUGCUCAGGUUAUUGGUAUCACUCAGUUGAUGAAACACUUUGACUGGACAUGGGUUGGCAUUCUAGCAUCGGACAAUGACCAAGGAAUAGAACCCAGUCAGGAUCUCUUGCAGGAACUGACCAAAAGAGGCAGCUGUGUAGCUUUUCUAGAAAUACUACCUGCAUACAAUUCUGAGAGUAAACUUCAUCAAAUUGUUGAGAAGAUCAGGUCAUCCUCAGCAAAAGUAAUAAUUGUGUGUUCAACACAGCUAUACCUUAUACCACUAAUGGAAGAAGUCACAGUGCAGAACAUAAGUAAUAAAAUCUGGAUAGCCCCAUUCACAUGGAUAAACUCUUUAGUGUUCUAUAUCAAGGACUACUGGAAGACAUUAAAUGGUACAUUAGGUUUCACAAUGUACAACCCAGAAAUUACUGAAUUUCAAGAUUUUGUGAACAACCUUAUUCCUUCAACAAGUGAUGACAUUUUUCUGAUUCUUUUCUGGGAAACAAUUUUCCACUGUAAGUGGAUGCCUAAACAUAACACCUCAAUAUCUUUAUUGGAUGAGUUAGGUAACAAAAUAACAUUUUGUGCAGGUACUGAAAGCCUAAAGAAAUUACAGACUUUGGUAUAUGAAUCUUACAGCUUCCAAGAAGCAAUUAGUGCAUACAAUGCUGUAUAUGCUGCAGUCCAUGCACUGAAUAGACUGUUAUCAUGUGAUUCUAAGGAUGUGAUCUCAAAGAACAAAUCAUGUGCUGGUGUUGCAAGUCUUCAGCCAUGGCAGCUUCUGAACUUCAUCAAGGUUGUCCAUUUUGUCAAUGCAGCAGGCCAGGAGGUAUAUUUUGAUGCAAAUGGUGACAUGCCAAAUCAGUUUGACAUUCAGAACUUUCAGUUUUUCCUGAAUGGAACAAGCCGGAUUGUAAAAGUAGGCAUUUUCAAAUCAUGGGCCCCAAAUGAUCAGGAAAUUCAAAUAGAUAAAAGAUCCAUUUUGUGGACUGGUGGUGCUACAGAGGUCCCACGUGCUGUGUGCAGUGAAAGCUGUAGCCCAGGAUAUAGGAAAUCUACCCUAAAGGGACAGCCUGUAUGCUGUUUUGACUGUAUCCCAUGCUCUGAGGGUGAAAUAUCAAACCAUUCUGACAGCAAUGAUUGCAUAAGGUGUGCAGAUGAUCAGUGGCCAGCUAAUGGACAAGAAAAGUGCAUUCCUAAAACAAUUGAAUUACUCUCCUACAAGGAACCUUUAGGAGUAUCUUUAUCUGCUAUCUGUAUAAUCUGUUCCAUCAUUACUGCAUCUGUCCUCUGCAUUUUCGUCAAAUUUAAAGACACACCAAUCAUCAAGGCCAACAACCGAAGUCUGAGUUACCUGCUACUGUUUGCUCUUAUUCUCUGCUUCCUCUGCUCUUUGAUAUUUAUUGGCUAUCCUAAAAGGGAAACCUGCCUCUUUCGGCAAGCUGCUUUUGGUGUUAUUUUCUCCUUCAGUGUUUCCUGCAUUUUGGCAAAAACAGUUACAGUCAUCAUUGCUUUUAAUUUCACCAAACCCAGCAGCUGUAUGAGAAAAUGGAUGGGAACUAAGAUACCUAUCUGUAUGAUUAUAUUCUGCUCACUGAUUCAAGUUAGCAUAUGUGCUACAUGGCUUUCUACUGCUCCCCCCUUUCCUAAUGCCAAUAUUGUGAUAAAGCCUGGAAUAAUCAUUCUGGAGUGUCAAGAAGGGUCCUCAACUGCAUUUGGUUUCAUGUUGGGAUACAUGGGAUUUCUAUCACUUCUAUGCUUUGCAAUUGCAUUCCUGGCAAGGAAGUUACCUGAUACCUUUAAUGAAGCACAGCUAAUAACCUUCAGUAUGAUUGUUUUUGUCAGUGUGUGGGCUGCUUUCAUCCCAGCGUACCUCAGCACUCAGGGCAAAUACAUGGUUGCUGUAGAAGUGUUUGCUAUCUUGGCUUCUGCCUCUGGAAUGCUCUGCUCAAUAUUUGUUCCUAAAUGUUACAUAAUCUUGCUGAAGCCAGAGAAAAACACCAGGAAAGUCAUAUCUGGCAAGACUGUCCAUAGUACUACAGAGUGA